AUGAACAAGUCAAAAAAUGAGCAAUUGAUUUCAUGUCCGAUCUGCAAUAACAAGAUCAAGUACUCUGCCAUCAAUGAACAUCUCGACAAAUGCGCGACUUCCAAUAAAUCCGUCAAGAAAGAACAUACCAUCAGUAGUGUCCUGAAAGGCAAGAGGAAACAAAUUGAAGAGCCCCCGGUUAUCGAGAUUGAGGAAGAGCCCAAGCGACCUAAAUUAGAUCAAAAGCCAGAGCCACAGCAAACAAAAAAACCACUGUUAGACCGCAAUCAAGAAGUAAAGCAGUUGCAGAAGAUUCUUCAUCAGCCCUUGAGCGAAAAAUUGAGACCCAAAGAUUUGAGCGAGUAUGUUGGCCAGCAGCAUAUAAUAUCCUCUGAGCACGGUGUGCUCUAUAAGUAUGUAAAAGAGGGCACAAUACCCUCGAUGAUUUUAUGGGGUCCUCCUGGGGUUGGAAAGACUACCUUGGCAAGGCUCUUAACGAAAACUGUUAAUCAAAGUUAUUCUAAUGGCGUAUCAUAUAAUCUGAUACAAACUAGUGCGACCAAGGCCACAACGCAAGAGCUCCGGAAAAUUUUCGAGAACUCAAAGCGUGAAUUUACUCUUACCAAGAGACUUACGGUAGUUUUCAUAGAUGAGAUUCACCGUUUUAACAAGGGUCAACAAGAUUUGCUUCUUCCUCAUGUAGAAUCUGGGGAUAUUGUACUUAUAGGAGCCACAACAGAAAACCCUAGCUUCCAAUUAAACAACGCCUUAAUGAGUAGGUGCCAAAUAUUUGUUUUGACCAAACUUAAUACAGCGGAGAUGUGUUUGGUGUUAUCUCGUGGAAUUAGUAUGCUGAACAAGUGUCGACAUCUAAUAUGGAAAGCAGGAAAUCCAAUGAGACUGAGCAAAGAUAUUUUGGAGUUUAUUGUUGACAUCUCAAUGGGAGAUACUCGGCGGGCACUUAACCUCUUAGAAAUGAUUGAAGUGUCAACUAGAAAUGACACCCGGGAAAUGAAUGAGGAAUUGAUUCGUGAGAUUAUUCACGGGAAUUCAUCUGACUUAAGAACAUACUACGAUCAGCAAGGCGAAAAUCAUUACGACACUAUAUCUGCCUUCCACAAAUCUAUAAGAGGAAGUGAUGAAAAUGCCACUUUAUAUUAUUUGGCACGCAUGAUCCAAGGCGGAGAAGAUCCCCUGUAUAUUGCGCGCCGUAUGAUACGGAUCGCUUCGGAGGAUAUCGGAGUUCUAGACCAUUCCUUAUUACCAUUGGCUAUUGCUGCGCACGACGCUGUGAUGAAAGUUGGACUUCCGGAAGCCGAUCUGUCUUUAGCACAAUGCUCUGUGGCACUCGCAAGAGCUCCUAAGUCAAUUCAACUAUACAGGGCCUGGAAAUCUCUGAAUGCGAGGUUACGGGAAAAUCGCGACUCGUUCGCAAGUUGUGGUAUUCCAAUGCAUCUACGCAAUGCACCAACCAAACUCAUGGCUGAGUUAGGCUACGCCAGAGAUUACAAGUACAAUCCAAACUAUAAAGAGGGAAAAGUGCAUCAGGAAUACUUUCCUGACGAAGUCUUGGAGAAAAACAAGCGGCACGAUUUGGAGUUUAUGGCUGGUACACACUUGGGUGAUAUGGAAGAUCUUGAGCUUGAUAGCGAGAAAUAA